AUGUAAGAAGAUAAAACUGUUAAAAAAAUUAAACCAAAUGAAUUGAUUUAAACGAUCAAUACUGAUAAAGCACCAAAAGCGAUAGGACCUUAUUCAUAAGGAAAAGUUAUAUUAUCCAGUGCUUAAUUAUUAUAUGUUUCGGGUUAAUUAUCUAUUAAUCCAGAAACAAGUGAAUUCCUUCAUAAUGAUGAUGUAUAGCUAUAAACAGAAUAAGUUCUAAAAAAUAUACAAAGUAUUUUAACUGAAGCUGGUUCAGACUUAGACCAUGUUAUCAAAUGCAAUGUUUUUUUAGAUAAUAUGGAUAAUUUCUUAUUAUUCAAUUAAGUAUAUGCAAAAUAUUUCAAUUUUGAAAAUAAACCUGCUCGUGCAUGUAUUGCAGUAGAAGGCCUUCCAAAAAAAGCUAAAGUAGAAAUCGAAUGUAUUGCAGUUAUUCCUUAAAAUUGA